AUGUUUCUUGCAGAAGCUGUUAGUGACAUAGUGGAAAGAAUUCCAUACGUUCUGUAUGGAGGAGACCCAGAAACCGUAAUAUAUGCACUAUUUAAUUCUUCACCAAAUGAUCGUUUUGCUUCAGCUUUAUGUAUAUUUAAUAUGGAAUCCUUUAAAACAUCUUUCAAUGGAGAAUUUCGUAAUACGGAUGGUUUUGAAGUUUUAUCACUUAACGAUUCACACAUGAGACCUGGAAAUUACAUACAUGUACGAUAUUCUGUACGAUCGGAAGAAAAAAAUCAAUAUGUAUGCAUACAGAAUCAUAAUCCAGCAGACGAAUGCCAUAAUUAUUUGAGGGUAUUUGUUGAAGUAACACUCGAAAUCUUUUUGAUAUGCGGAACAAAUGCUUAUGAUCCAACAUGCAGAGAAUACUUAAUUAGUAAUGGAGAGAAAAAAGUAACUGAAGAAUUUUCUGCUAGAGGAAUAUGUCCAUAUAGUCCACAUUUUAAUGUUACUUCAUUAGAAGCAAAUGGGUUAUUUACAGCUACUUAUGAGUGGGAUUAUGGUCCUUAUCCAAUAAUAUCUAAAAAAACACUUCAACCGAAUAUUCAAAUAAGAACGCCACAUAAACAUUUAAGUCACUUAAGUGAAAAAUUGAAUUUCGUUGGAUCAUUUGUAUAUGAAGCUCAUGUGUAUUUUUUCUUCUCUGAACUUAUCGCUGAAACGAGACAAUUCUCCAAAGUAGCUAGAGUUUGCCGUAAUGAUAAUGGUUAUGGAAGUUCUCCAAACAUCAAACAAUGGAUGUCUUUUUCAGAAACUCGUUUGAUAUGUUCUUUUGAAGAUAAAAUUUAUUUUAAUCAAAUUCAAGCUGUUAGUGACAUAGUGGAAAGAAUUCCAUACGUUCUGUAUGGAGGAGACCCAGAAACCGUAAUAUAUGCACUAUUUAAUUCUUCACCAAAUGAUCGUUUUGCUUCAGCUUUAUGUAUAUUUAAUAUGGAAUCCUUUAAAACAUCUUUCAAUGGAGAAUUUCGUAAUACGGAUGGUUUUGAAGUUUUAUCACUUAACGAUUCACACAUGAGACCUGGAAAUUGCCAAAAUUAUCCUAGAGAAAUUACUCUAGCAUUUGAAUAUGUCUUGGAUACGCAUUAUGAAAUGAUUCUACCUAUUCUAUCAUCUAAAAAUGAACCGCUUCUUAUGGAAUCCAAUCAUGCUUGUCGCUAUACUUCUUUAUACGUUGAUGCCCAAGUAAAUUCAACUAGUACAUACAUGUACGAUAUUCUGUACAUAGCAACAGAAUGUGGAACUGUGAUAAAAGUUUUGAAUGGAUUUACAGAUUAUUUUGUUCCAAUUCUACAAACAAUUAAAGUGUCCGAUCCUCCAACCGUUUUAACGGGAUUAUAUAUAUUUAACGAGAAUUUAAUGGUAAUUUCUCAAAACGAAAUUUACGCCGUUAAAAUGCAUCGGUGUCAUAUUCGUGCAAAAACUUGCGGAGAAUGUGUUUCUUUGAGGGAUCCUUAUUGUGCUUGGCGUAGAGAUUUGAAGUAUUGUUAUGGUACAGAUAUGAGAACCGAUACAAUAAGGAGAAACGUUCUGAUACAAAAUAUAGAACUGGGUUAUGAUACACGUUGCAUUAGAGAAGAUGAAACAACGACACAAAAAUCAACAGUAGAAACGACAACAGUGUAUGUAAUAGAGCCGAAUAUUUAUUUUAUCAAUACAAAAUUAUGAUAAUAUUCUUGUUUUUUUUCUUUUUAAUUAUAGCUAUUUAAUUUU